GCCGUACCCAGCUCGUUGAUCGUGUUCUCAGAUCGCCACUAUAAAGUGAGUCCUGGCUUAUUCGCACUCCAACAGAAGCUCCUCCUCGGUUCUUUUGUGCCACCAGCGGUCUCAUAACUCUCUGAAUGCCCAAUCAGUACAAGCCCGUUCCUAAUGCUGAAGACCUCCGUCCUUUCAUCGAGAAGUACUGGAAGCAGAACAAGAAGGAUGUCGAGAUCGUCGAGCUGCUCAAGAAGUAUCACAUCGAUCUCAACAAAUACGGCCUCGAAGUUCAAACAUUUAGAAAAAUUCGCGAGAAGCUUGGUUUCAUACGCACGCGGCGUCAAGGCCACACCGUGGACACAAUUGGGGUAUUUAUUGUCAAACUCCGUCCGAUCUAUCCCAAGGCUGGCGGACGGGAGAUGGUUAGCUUGCUAUUACACGAGGAGAAUGUGCGCGUGUCCCGCGAGACUGUAAUGCGCUAUUUUCACACUCAUGAGCCCGAUCUUGUUCGUGAGCGCCGACGUGGACACUUCAAGCGCAAGCAGUUCUGGGCAGCGGGUGCCAACGAUAUAUGGGCUGUAGAUCAGCACGACAAAUGGAAGUAUAAAUUCGGUUUAGCGCUACACACUGGGAUUGACCCAUUUCUCGGCAUGAUUCAUUGGUUGAAGAUUUGGUGGAACAACAGCAAUCCCCGCCUUAUAUUCAGCUAUUAUCUGGAAACCGUGGAACGGCUUGGGGUCAUCCCACUUGUGACCCAGAGCGAUCCUGGGUCAGAGAACGUGGGGAUUGCGAAUGGACACACACAGCUGCGUCACUAUCAGGACCCCUCACUUAUCGGCACCUCUCAGCACCGUUGGAUGCGAAAGAAGAAGAACAUCAUGCCGGAAAUCACAUGGAGUCAGAUGCGGCGUCGAUUCACUCCUGGCUUUGAAGACAUCCUCGACGUUGGUGUAAACGAGGGCUGGUACAAUCCGGGAGUUCUACUCGAAGCCUUAGUCUUCCGUUGGGUAUUCAUCCCGUGGCUUCAGGGCGAGCUCGAGCUGUAUCGGCAUCGCGUGAACAAUACCGCAAAGCGCUGUGAUCGUAACAAGAUCCUUCCUCACGGUGUUCCGACUAGCAUGUUUGAGUUCCCAGAGGAUUACGCCAUCCUCGAUUUCAAGAUCAAGGUCGAUCCUAUCGGUAUUGAAAAAGUCCGACAGAUGUACGCACCACCUGAUCAUGACGUCUUUCUCCUUGUUCCCCCUGACUUCGAGAUCGCGAUCUUGGAUAUCUAUGCAAAGCUUAAUAGCCCUAUUGUGGACCGGGACUCAUGUUGGGAUGUAUAUCUCCAGCUCCUGAAUUGCCUCAAGGAGUUGGAUCAGCUCAACGAUAUCGAUCAGAGUGCCGAUGCAAGGUGGGGGCAUGUGCUGACCCAGCCGGUCGAUGAAAACAUUCCCCUUCUCCCAAACUUGCAGGAACUGCGGGGCGGUGAGGGGGUCGUCGGAGAGGGUGCUUAUUAUAUGGGUGGAGUCAACAAUGGGGAUGGUCUCGGUCCUGAACAUCACGCAUGUCUGAACGCAAUGAUCAACGAUAUCGAGCCCGAAGUGGAUCCCAUGCCCAACUCCCAGUUACCGGAUGACGCUCACGCAUUGUACGCAUGGUUCUCGGACGAAGAAGACUCUCAGGAUUUCAAUGAUCAUUGGUAUGAUAUGUCCUCCGCUUAUCAGCAUAUAAUUCCCGGCCUCCAUACUUUCAUGACCGGUGGUGUCCAGCUGAUGACGGCUGUAUUCUAUACCUGGGCGAACGAAGUCUGCAAAGAAGAUAACGAGGAGCGAGCACUCGUUAUCUCGAGUAUGGUAUGUGCGCCUGUUCUAUUUUACGUGCCGAGGCUUAUUCGAGGCGAUAGAACGGAUUGCAAUAUGCGGUUGCAGCCUGGCUCCCGAUCGUCAUUUUCCCUCAGCAAACUUGAAGCCCCGACGUUCCGAAAGGGUUUCCCAACCACAUUUGGGCUUGUCAUCGCUGCUCUUGUGGUUGUCGUAAUCAUCAAGCUUCUGGUUGACCGCGACGAGCGACGCGCACGGUCAAAGGGCGAUAUAGAGUCUCCCGAGAGAGACUCCGCAUCUAGUGACCUGGAUAAGAAGGAUGCCGAGGAUUUCGAGCCUGCUGUGGUGAAGGCGGCGGAUCCUACUGACGGAGUCAGUGAGCUCAAACGCAACUAGGCGUGGAAGUGUACUGCAGAGACGAUGACGACUA